GGAGUUCCACAAGUAGCUGCAGGUGGUAGUUUCCGAGAUUUCUUACGCAUGAAUCCUCCAGAAUUCCAUGGUGGGCUGAAUCUUGUGAAGGCUCAGGAGUGGAUAACCGACAUGGAAAGGAUUUUUCAGAUAGUGCAUUGUAGUGAAGAAAAUAAGGUUGUGUUUGCUUAUCACAUGAUGAAGGGUUCAGCUGUAAGAUGGUGGGAGAGUGCUUCGAUUCUUAUGACCAAUCAAGGAAUACCUAGAGAUUGGGAGCAUUUUAAGGCUAUUUUCUUGGAUAAGUAUUUUCCCAGUUCUUUGAGGACUCAGAAGGAGUUUGAAUUUCAACAGCUCAGGCAGGGAACUAUGUCAGUAGUUGCGUAUGCUGAAAAGUUCGAAGAUAUGGCUGCAUAUUCUAGACAAGCCGCGUACGCACUUGAUGAGAGGUGGAAGAUUGAUCAGUUUCUUUUUGGUCUGAGGGGUGAAAAUUCUCAUAGUGUUUCUCAAAGGGAAUUCACUUCUUAUGCUGAACUAUUAAGACAAUGUUAUGUGGCUGAGAACAGUUUGAAGAAGGUUCAAGAAGAAAGGGAUCAGUACAGGAGUGGGCAGAGAGACCAAGGAAGGCCAGGAAACCAGUUCAAGCCUAGAUCUCAGGCUUUCAAAGGGAAACAGGUGCAACAUGCAAGACCUAACCAACCUCCUCAAUGUCAAGUAUGUAAGAAGUAUCAUUUUGGAAAAUGUAUUGUAAGUGGAAUUUGGUGUUUCACUUGUCAGAGGGAGGGACACAUGUCUAGGGAAUUUCCUCAGAACAAGAAUUAG